AUGAAGUCCCACACGAGCAAGAGCGGCCCGUCUUCUCCGAAGCGCUCGGCCGCCUUUGCCGCGCCGGUGGCCUUCCUGCUCGUCCUGGUGCUCGUCACGCUCUACGACUUGUCCUUCGCCGACCGCCGUUACCUGCGCAUACAUGGCGCCCCCUCCUCAUCGUCCUCGGCGUCGUCUCCGGCCUGCGACCUCACGCGGGGCGAGUGGGUGCAGGACGCCGUGGAGGCGCCGUACUACACGAACCUCACUUGCCCCUUCAUCGACGACCACCAGAACUGCAUGAAGUUCGGCAAGCCGAGCCUCGAGUUCCUGCGCUGGAGGUGGCGGCCGGACGGCUGCGAGCUCCCCCGCUUCGACGCCGCGCGGUUCCUGGAGGCCAUGAGGGGCAAGUCCAUGGCCUUCGUCGGGGACUCCCUCGCCAGGAACCACUUCAAGUCCUUGCUCUGCCUCCUGUCCAGGGUGGCGCAGCCGGUGGAGGUCGGGGGUGAGUCGGAGAUCGACCCGACGGGGAGGGCCGUCCGGCGGGACUACUACUACGGCAGCCACGACUUCACCGCCUCCCUCUUCUGGUCGCCCUUCCUGGUCAAGGCCAACCUGUCCAACGCCACGCUCGGCAUGUGGGACGUGCACCUGGACACGCCGGACGCGCGGUGGGCGUCGCACCUCGCCGGCUUCGACCACGUCGUCCUCUCGGGCACCAACUGGUUCCUCCGCCCCUCGGUGUACUACGAGGGCGGGCGCGCCGUCGCGUGCAACGGCGGCGCGAGCUGCGUCAACGGGAACGUGACGGCCGAGAUGACCGUGCCCCGCGCCCUGCGCGCGGCGUUCCGGACGGCGCUCGGCGCCGUCGCCGCCAGUGAGGGGUUCCGCGGCAAGGCGGUGCUCCGGACGGUGACGCCCGCGCACUUCGAGGGCGGCGAGUGGAACACCGGCGGCGACUGCGUCCGCACGCGGCCCUACCGGCGCGGCGACCGCGCCCUGGGCGCCUUCGAGUCCGAGUACCGCAGCGCGCAGGUUGAGGCGCUGCGGGAGACGAAGGCGGCGGCCGCGACGACGAGGAGGGACGGCGCGGAGGCGGAGCUGGUGCUGAUGGACAUCACGGAGGCGAUGGACCUGCGGCCGGACGGGCACCCGAGCCGGUACGGGCACCCGCCGGGCGGGAGCGUGGAGGGCAGCUUCGUGGUGGACUGCCUGCACUGGUGCCUGCCGGGGCCGAUCGACCUGUGGAGCGAGCUGCUGGCCCAGAUGCUCCUGCAUCCACGUCGAUGA